AUGGCUCCCGGAGAUACAGUUCGAAUUCGCGGCAACUCGGUCCUGUACAAAGUCAUUGCAGUAAAUGGCUGCAUGCUCACCAUCUUGGUCAUGAAUCCGCAACCAGAUGGGCAGUACCUGGACUUCAGUCCGACCUCGAUACAAACUAUAGACGAAUAUCGCGUCGAAAAGGUGGAUGAUUGUUGAGUGGAGAGUCUGAUUUACCUUGAUGUGUUUUGUCGCCAUUGCGUGGUCGGAUUUCUGCAUUGGAUACCCUCGUUUUAAACUUAUUGUCUGGUACGGCAUUUGGACGGAUAUUUGGCUUUCAAGAGAGCACUUUCUAGACUUCUUUUAUUUAUAUACUACCUAAGGUACCUAACGUCUGAUCUCCGAGAUUGUUGAUAAGUAAGGUAUCAUCGUUUUGGGGUGUGUUUUGGAAAUGACAUGUACUCCUGCUGCGAGAUUUGUGAACGUAAACGAAAGUCUGUUGCGCAUAGAUAUGCCUCCAGAAGACC